CAGAAAAAAGUGUACGAUAGGCGAGUCAUCAGAUCCCAUUUGAGGGGCGUCAAACCCAUUGCCUGCUUCAUUUCCAAUAUUGUCUCUUUGGGUGCGAGCUCGUACCUCAACACAGUUACUUGCUUGCUCAUCAUGAAGUUUCUGGUAGCCUUUUUCGUCUUGUUCGUGGCAUGUGUCUACGCCAAUAGGCCAUGCUCCGCUCCCCAUGAGCUCACUUUCCGCGCCUCCAGAUGGAACUAUGGCGAAACUUACUACGAGCGGUUCUUCGGAGAGUACGACAGAUUCAACAAGAGGGUAGUACUCUUUGAGGAGGACUUCGAAAGCGGCACCAAAAAACAACGGGAGCUCCUGUUCCUUCACAAAGAAGGUGUAGGCUACGACUUCAACCUGCAGAGCAAACAUUGCAAGAAGUUCAAGGUCGGAGCAUUCAAGCCCUUCGAGGUGCCUUCUGGCGCCACUUACGAGGGCGAAUUCUCCAUUGGAGGACCCACCGAGGAAGUCACAAUCGACAGAUGGUCGGACAAAAUCAGUUCUCGUCGUGAACACUGGAUUGGGGAGUUCUCACUAAAGACCUGCUACCCUAUCAGCCAGUUUAUGAUCGAAGAGGGUAACUUCAACAAGACAUCCUUCACCUUCUUCUACGACACCGUCAAGGGAAUCGUCAACCCCAACGACUUCAAUGUGCCCAAAGAAUGCGAGAAGUCGGCGAUUGAAGUCGAUAUGCCAAUCAACGCUCGCCUUGCCAAGGCUAUGUACUCUGGAACCCUGCAUGACUAAACACGGAGAGUUGUGCUUCACACUGACUCGUCAAGACAGCAGCGGCAAUUCUUUAAUCAUCAUCGACCUAAAUGUAGAGAAAGAUUUGUAUGGCAG